CUCUCUCUCUCUCUCUCUCUCUCUCUCUCUCUCUUCGUCUAUCACAUCACGCGACCCUCUCGAGCUCUCACGACCUUACACAGUGCGUCCUCUGGUUCCGGUCCAACCAGAGAAGAGCAAAAUUGCUGGUUACGCCGCCAUCGCCGUCUGGCUGAAACGACCUCGGGACUCCUGGAAUGUUGAACAAGCUGCCCUGACACCCCGUAGGAUCUGAAGGAUCGGGCGUCUUGGUCCGGCGUGCGCACUGGGGAUCCUAAUCCAACGACCCCCGGUGGAUCCGCACGCCAAGUGGCAAUGGGCAACGCCCCGACGAAGACCUCCUCCUAUAACAAGAGUCAACCGUUAACCACCACCGGGAACUCCAAGAGAGUGCACUGGGAUGGUCCAGGUCUUCCAUCAGCACCUGGUAAACCGAUCCUCGUACCAGGAACCGAAGACACGCAACCGGAUGUGGUCAGCAUCCGGUGGGAGCGUUCUCCAAGUAAUGGAGGAUCAGCGAUCAUCGGGUACCUGGUGGAACAUCGUCGUAUGGGUUCUCCGCACUGGGUCAGAUCAGCACCGAUUCUCUGUACCUUUCCGGAGCUGACACUCAGUGGUUUGGAACCUGGUUGGCGCUACCAGUUCAGGGUCAGAGCACAAAACGCUUUGGGCUUAUCGGAACCCAGUGAACUGUCGGACCCAUUGACGGUGACCCUCCAACGAGCUGCAGCCAGCACGCCACACUUUGAACUCGAACUCAAGGAUACGACAGUUCUUGAAAACGAACAGGCUGAGUUCAUCGUCCACUUUGCCGGGACUCCAUUACCGAAGAUAUCCUGGUUCAAGGACGGCUUUGAGAUCUUCAGCAGCAGGAGGACCAGAAUUUUCACCGAAAACGGAAAGAGCACUCUUCUGAUACAUCAGACAGCUCUGAACGACGAGGGUGAAAUAAAGUGCACUGCUACCAACCGAGUAGGACACAUCAGCACAAGGGCUAGGCUCAUUCUCGAAGCACCCCCACGAAUUCGACUACCACGCCAGUACGAAGAUGGUCUCCUUUUCGAGCAGAAUGAGACCAUCAGGUUGAAGGUGUCUCUAGCUGGGAGACCAACGCCUGUCAUCAACUGGUACCAUGAUGGAGAACUGGUACCAAAUGAUGACCGGCACAUUGUCGAAAGCAUGGAUGGCGAGUGCGUCCUUAAGAUCCCUGACGCCAAACGGAAGGAUCGUGGAGAAUACACUGUCAAGGCAAUUAAUAAAUUAGCUGAGGACGUCGCCAGUUUUCUGGUUACCGUGACAGACAGACCAUCAGCACCUGGGAAAGCUAUCGUUACCAUGACCUUGGGAAGAUCCGUGACUCUAUCGUGGAAGGAGCCAGAUGACGAUGGCGGAUGUAAGAUCGGAACGUACAUAGUGGAAUAUUAUAGGGUCGGUUGGGACGUCUGGCUGAAAGCUGCCACAUGUCGGCAACUAACAACGACUCUCGGUGAACUCAUAGAAGGUUCGGAAUAUCGUUUUCGAGUAAAAGCCGAAAAUCCAUAUGGCGUGAGCGACUCCAGCGAGGAAAGUGAUGUGGUCUUCAUUCCUGAUCCCAAGAGAGGAAUCACAGCGCCGCCGCUUCGCGGCAAAUCACAAAGUCAACACGAGAUCAACAAAGCACGAGAGAAGCGUGAAGUGAGCUUCGCUGAACCCGUUCAAAGGACCAGAAGCUUAACUCGCGAAGAGGCUUCGCGCGGUGUACCGGAAACUCCCUCAGAAUGGUCCUCGACGCAGCGACUCAGUACCGGAAGAUUGUCCAGAGCCGACAGAGUCACUUUCGCUGACAUGAUCGAUACCAAACCUGAACUUCCGGCAAGAUCGCGAAAAUUGUCGAAGCAAGACCGCAGCGAGCCCGGCGUGACGCUUGAGAGAGACACGGAGGUGACGGACACUUUUGAAAAAAAGGAAACACUCACUCUCACCAAACAGUCCACUUUGGAACCCGGAAGACGUUCUCCGUUCAGGGAAACCAGGUCUCGCUCUGUUUCCAGAGAGCGUAGUCUCUCUCCGUUGCCAAUGCCGAAGAUCCAAGAGAGCCAGGAAGAGAACAGUCUUCUAAGACCAAAUGCGCCACACUUCCUCUUGCAGAAGCAAAACACGAUAGACAGUUUGCCAGUAGACAGACCCGCGUUGCACAUUGGACUGAAGAGACAAAACACAGUAGACAGUAUACCGACGUCACCGUCUGUGCCUCGAGAGGAUGACGAGACUAUGCUUCAUGGCAGUUCCGAAUUUAUGCUAGUACUUUAUCCCGAGGAAGGUGAUCAGACGCAAAAUCAAAAAGCCACAUCGCAUAUCGAACGAACUCAAAGUGCGACUGAAACAGAGGACGAGGACCUCGUACCACCACCCAUGUCCUUGUCUUUACCUGAACUCUUCAGCAUUAAUCACGAAGUGGUGGAAACUCUUCGUGAAGCUGUAAGCUCGACCGAGUUACUUCACGAACGCGCGAUGGAACGAUUCUAUCACGCGGUUGCCGUCGAAGAAGCUGAACUUGCUAAGCGUAAAGCUCAGACCGAGAGGCGCACUGGUGAGCUUGCAGGGAUAACUGGUCCGAGUCAAAAGUCUGAUGUGAAGAUCAGGAUCAAUUCGAUGGAAGCUGUGGAUUCCGACAGUCUUGAGAGGAGGGUGUCUCUCAGACGGAGACUUUCAAAUUCGGGCGUAGGGAUUCAGAUGGCUUGGCAAGCUAAAAAGGAACGGAGAAGAUCGAGCGAAGGUCAAGCCGAACUGCAAAUCACCUCGAAAUCUCAACCUGUCCUUCAGGACAUAGCUUCCGAUCCGAAUUUGACCGGGAACCGUGAGAACUUGAUGUCCAAGAUAGAAUCUUCACAGAAUCAUAUCGAACGUCUUCACAGGUGGGACGAGAAGAGUAUGCCUUUGACUGUUGAGAAGUUGGAACUAACUACGGAAGUUCCUGAAGACAAUGUUGAAGAGGAGGUACCGAAAGAAGAAGUGGAAGAAGAAGAAGAGGAAGAGAGCACAGAAAGCUCUGAAGAAUCUUCUGAAGAGGAGAGUAGCGAUAGCGAGGAUUUAAAAUUAUUAAAAUCUAGGAUAUUGGCUCAACCCAUAAUAGAUGAAGAAGACACGUAUCACCCAAGAGGAAAUCCUGUUCCCCACAUGAGUCCGGAACCACCACCUAUUCCAGCACACAAGGUCCCAAUUCUAAACAUCUCACCACCUGUGCCCAGCAGACCAGUGUCCUUGCCGUCUUCGCCGACCAAUGUAAUGCCCAAAUCGAUCUUGAAGAAACGAACUGAAACGGAAGUGGUACCCCUCAACCAAUUUGGCAGACCAAUCCCACCGGAGAAACCGCUACCACCUGAGAAACCAAUCAGAAAGACCCUUCAGCAGGAGGAGCAACCGGAAGCGGAGCCUGUGACCUUGAGGAAGAAAUCAUUGACCAACAUGCCGGACACUAUGAAAGCCACAGUUAUAUCUGAAGCAGAUAUCGAAAAUGCGAACAUGUUCUCGGCCGCGGAAGCUGCGCGAAAUAGGCGGAGACAAAUCAGACAGACUUCCUUGGAAGAAGAAGCCGAAGCAAACAUGGCCGUCAUCAAUCACUACACUGAAAUAGUCAAAGAAUAUUCAGUCGCGCAUUCCGCGCAUCCGGUUUACUUGAAGAGAGAAGAGCUCAUCAACGCGGCACCUAAAGAAGAGAUAGAGCCGGUUGAAUUCAGGCCUCGAAAAAAUUCGAUCAACGCUGCUGAGUACACUGAAAGAAACAGAAGACCAUCCGUUUCCGGUAAGGACCUCAAUGAAAAUGCACGAAGACCUUCAAUCUCCGACAAUGCAGCCCGGGAGAAGACCAUGUCCCCAGAACGGAAGCAGAUGUCCAAGAAAACAAAAUCUCCGACGCCAAAGAGGGAGGUUAAAGAAAAUAAAGUGACGCAAAAUAGAAGAGGCAGUGUCUCCAAGGUCAACAAGGAUCAAAAAGAAGAUCAACCAAAGUCCAGGAGGAACAGCGUCAGUUCCCGGGGAACUACACCAGCUAAAGAAAUUAAGGAUCGUCCGAGUAGACCUCCUUCGAGGACGGAAUCACCUGGACCACGUUCCAGGAACGUCUCCAAAGAGAGAAGGCCAUCCAGGCCGUCAUCAAGGACUGAGGAUCGUGCGGUCUCUCAAGAGCGAGGUCUCCCACAAAGAAGUCGACCUCCCUCAAGGACAGCUUCCGAGGACAUCCGAAGUACGCGGGACAAAUCGGUAGACAAGAGGAAGUCCAGUAGGCCGUCUUCGAGGUCAAACUCAAGGGACCGUUACCGGCCGGAAACCCCGACCGGGACCAGGAUGGAGCGUCUUCAGCAGGCCUUGGACAGCAAGAAGUACCGGUCCAGGAAGAAGCUAACCGAUAGGGAGUACUCUGACAGCGUCGACGAACUUACAGCCAGGGCCGAAAUCAAAGUGAGGUCAACUAUGAGCUACGUGACUGACCUCAGCUUGCUCCUCGCCGCAGUUUACGUUUACAUCUUCAAAAAUGAAAUCCUGGCUGUGCCUUUCAUUGGACUACUGCUCUAUCGGCAGAUCCAGGAAGAGAUACACAGGCGACUGCCCAGCUGGUGGAUACGUCGACACCAAUAAUAAUGAUAAUUAUUAUUCUGACCUCGACUUCGAUUCAACGAUCAUCAGACGAUCCGACCUUACUACCAAAAAGAACCUCGUGAAGCUCCAGGUUCAAACGCAUGAAAGACACUUAUCGACAAUUUUAAUCGGAAUAUCAAAAUAUUGAAUGACACUUUAAGCGCACUAAGAUUCUUAUUAGAUAUAUUUCCUUAUUUAUUUAUCUCAUUAUUGUAAUUGAUGUACUGAUCAAAAAGCGUCCAUCUACAAUGUAAAUAAUAUGACGUUUAUUUAUGGUUACGAA